AUUACUUCGUUUCGUUUCUGGUGUCUCGGUUUCUGUCUGCCUGUUUUGAAAUGGAUGUUGUUCCUGCUGUCGAAAGUGUUUUAGGAACAGUUUAAUUUUGUUAUUGAUUUAUGUACAGUAUUUUACAGGAAUUCAUAAGCCUUAUAGUAUAUCAGACUUAUUGUGAUCUCAAAUAAAAAUAUUGGUUUAUUUUGGUGCCAUAUAGAUGGAUUCCGCAGUAAUCCAUUAUGAGGUAGUGUUGCCAUUCAGAAGGACAUGUCGUAUGGUCUAGGUCUAAAUAUAGGCCACAAACUAUUGUUCCAAUGUAGAUAGAACUAUUUAAAAAUAAUAUAUUUCUUGAGGUUUAAGUAUGGAGCAAGAGAAACUAAAGAAACAAGGAAUAUUUAGUGCUAUUAAGAAAAGAUUGUGGUCUGGUAACCUGGCUGAAAAGUCUUGUUUCAAGAAAAAAGGGCCCAAACGUAAAUUAAGAACAACAGAGUCUUCCCAUUGCAAUUUCAUACCUUGUGAUAGUCACGGAGUUAAUACAGAGGAUGAGGAUACUCAGGAUAGGCCUACCAAGAAAAACGAAUGUAAUUUAAAAACAAGCACAAGUGAACCUGCUAUUGGGAAUUCAAAUGAUAAUAGGCCAAAUAUUACUUCUUUUGGUGGGAUAAUGGACAAUGUCAAUGAAGAAGUUUUGCUUCACAUAAAUUUAGGCGUAAACUCUGAGGAAUUACGUGAAGAUAAUACAAACUGCAAUAAUAGGAAUUCUAAUCACAUUUUCUCAGCAUCCCAAUCAAGCUUACAGUCAGUGUUGAGUGUAAGUGAUCCCCAACCAAUAGUUGAAAACAAUGCUGCUUUUGGAAUUGACAGUAGUGAAAAUCAGUUUGAGUCGAAUCUGAAGUCUGGAUUGUUGAAUGAACUUCUGAAACUGUCUAAAUAUGGAUGGUACUGGGGCAAUAUUUCUAAAGAAGAAGCAGAGGAAAAGUUAACUGAUCAACCAGAUGGAGCAUUUCUACUACGAGACUCUUCAGCUGACCAUUUUUUACUAAGCCUUAGUUUUAGAAGUUCUGGCAAGACUUUACAUACUCGCAUAGUGUACAGACUUGGACUGGGGCUGUUCAGUUUUUAUCAGCAGCCUGAUGAAAGCUUCCCUAGUAUCGCAGAACUUAUUGAACAUUCAAUGCUGAUUUCUAAAUCUGCUGUCUACUGGUAUUCCCGUCCAAAAUUUCCGGGACAACCAGCAUUUCCAGUUCGUCUAACAAAACCAGUGUCAAGAUUUGCACAUGUGCGUUCACUCCAGCAUCUUUGCAGAUUUGUCAUCCGCGAGUCCAUUAGAUUAGAUAAUAUUCAAAAGCUACCUCUCCCACCUAGUAUAAUUGGCUACAUCGCAGAGGGACACUACUGAUGUAAAAUAAGUAUUUCUUUAAAUGAAAUUAGUUAAGGUAACUUAAUUCAAAUACAGAUCUUAAACUACAUUUGCCGUGAAAAACCUACACCAGGGGCCACGAGAGUCUGCAGUUGGUGGAACUUAGCCAAUAGAAAGACCGGACUAGCGCGGCGUUGCAAAAUCGCCCAUCCACUAAUUUUCGACACUAAUUAGGCUAAAACAAUAUUUUCAAAUCAGCUGGUAAUAAGUUAUGAGAUUUGACAACAUCGCACUGUCCUCAUUGGUUCCUUCGAAGUCACGUGGUAAAUAGGCUUCUCCCUCAACAACAGACUCCCAUGGUGGACCGUACUGUAAGUUAACAACCAUUAAACGACUUAAGUCAAGCCUUAAGACUACAAAGUUAGGGUUAUUUUGAAUUACUGAUCCCCUCUUAACCGACCUUGUUUUGAUCGAUGUAACCGCUGCUUUCUAGGAAUCUCGGCAUUUCCGCUCCCACGCUCGGCGAUGGGAAUAACAUGCUAAACUCUACAGGAUGUUACAGGCUAUAGAUAAACAUUGUGUCUUGUAUUGAAAAAGUUGCUUGUAUCGUUAAUUUUGACAAUAUAGGCUAAGUUUUGUAGGCCUACCUCUUGCCUACGAAACUAUGAUUUAUUCCGGUGAAAGUAACUUAUUUGACUUAAGUUAACUUAACUAGGUGUUUUGGACUUAUUUAGGCCUAUGACUUUUCUAUCUUCAAUAGGCCUACUGAAAAAAAAUUUAUUUGCAAAUUACGAACACAAAACCUAAGAAUAAAUAUUAAGUUAUAUAGGCUAAUUUCAAUGAAUAGCACUUCAUUUUCUUAAAUAUUUAGAGAUUGCCCGUUUUAACUGACCUUUUGAGUUAAAUCUGACCUAGGCCCUGUUAAGAGGGGGUCUACUGUAUAUGAGUAAUAUUUAUUAUUUAUUAUUAGUAAUCUUUACUUAUGUCCCAAACACCAGUUUAAAAAAGAAAACCCAAUACAGUAGGCCUAUAGAUAGGCCUAAUCAAGAUUGAUAUAGCCUAUAGAAAACCGUUGUGACAUUUUAAGAUUGUGGCUACAAGAUGGUAAUACCGAAUAGUAACAAUAACUUAAGUUUAUUACAAAAUACAAAGUAAUGACUCUUCUCUGCAUUCCCCAAAAAAAAAAACUGGUAACUUACCUCUGACAGCAGGGUCGAGUUGAGAAAUGGGCCCGGUCCUUGGGGCGCAAGAGGUUUUAGGUUUUUUGGGGGUGCAAGGAAGAGAAAAAUUCCCUAACAAUGUAGGUGGAGAGGGGCGCAAUUAUCUUUUAUGAAAACCGUGGGCCUGACUGACUGAGUUGUCUUCAGGUAGUGACACACUAAUUGUAGGUAUUGUACCGCCAUAUAAUUAAUUUAAGACUAAAGAUGCUCAAGUUGCAUUAGGCCUACUGCAGCCUUCAUCAACUACCAAAGGAUCAAACAGGUCAAACUUAAUUCUAAAUUCCCUUAGCGUUUUUGCUGAAAUUCUUUAAAAUAUUUAAUCUAAAUGUAAACCUCAGCUUUUUAUAGAAUAUUUAGCUAUUAGAAAGAUCUAAAAAUUGUAAAUUGAACCACUAGGAAAUAUUAUUAUAGGUAGGUACUCUGUAAGCUGAUUUACGUAUAUAUUCUUCUUGGGAUAUUAUGAGGAACAGCCUGAUGUGACAGACCAAGUUAAAAUCAAGUUAGAGUCUAUAAAGAGUCUCCCGAACUCUCUACCUGCCGGUAGGCUACCUUUCAAGAAUUGAAGGUACCGGUACCGUACCAUUCAUCAAAUUUACAAAACUCAAAAAUUAGCCUACCCUUGCAACCGCCAAUUUGUUUUCUCACAAAACUAUUUUUUAUUUGUUAACAGCUGUUUGUAGUUAGGCCUAGUUGAAAUUAGGUACGUAUUGAUUAAUAAAGCAAAUGCCUAUUUAAAAAAAAUAUUCGUUGUAAAUGUUGAGUUAUUUAUGAUGUUAGUAAGUUAUGAAAGUUAUAGAUAGUUUUAUGAAGUUAUGUUUAAACUUUGUAUUUAAAAUGUUUUUUAAACUUAAUUUAAGGCCUAAUUUAAAAACUACAUAGGUAAACAAAACUACUGUAACUAGGCCUACUGAGGUACGGUAAUGGUUUUAUUUAGACAAUUUUAUUAAAAUUAAUUGUAUGAUACCAAAUGUAAGCAAAUCGGUUCAAUAAUAAGGGAGAACACUCAUCGUUAAGAUGCCAGUAGGCUACUGUGUACAUCUACGUUUUGCUAAUUGGGUAAAAUAACAGCAGAUAUAUGUGACAAACAAUUUUCCCCCCUCAGAAUAGGUCUUUUUCAUUAUUAAUCUCCCUAAUUUCUUCAACAAAGAAAGUCAUUAAACAAUUAAAAAUAGUUUUCUGGAAAAUACAAAAUGGCAGCUGUAUGGGCAACUAUUGAGUUUUAGGCAUUUUUAAUAUGAUAUUUUAGCUUGUCUUUGGUCCAGGAAAGAUACCUUAAAGCGCAAAAGGUCAGUAGAGAGUCCGGGUCACCCCGUAUAUAUGUAUUAUUUAAUGCUGCAAUGUUUUGGUUAAAAACUCAGCUUAGAUUGAGCUUAUGUAUAUUCAACAUAAGAUCGAUGCUGUAAUCUGUAGUUUUAAUUAGUCAAUACCUAAUUUGUAAUCAUGCUGUAUUAUUAAAUGUUUGGAGACAGUAAAGUCCUGUGUCCGAGGUCAAGGUAUGACUAAUUUACGAAAUAAGACAAAAGUCAUAGAUAACCUUGACUAUAAUGCUAUGAUCAAAGAAACGUCCAAAGUCUUAUAUUCUUUACUCAUUUUGACUGAUUGUUUACUGUUUACUGUUGUUUAUAUUCUGUUUGUGUACACUUUGUUGUGACGUUAUAGUUAGAUAGUUGCAAGUCGUUAUAAACAAUUUUUGUGUAGUUUUUAUAUACAGAGGUGUUAACAUUUAAAUAAAUGUUUAA